CGUAUAGUGGGGGUAAACACGCGUGAAUGGUCUUAGUGCAGUAAGAGGCGCGGGCGUCGGAAGGCUUGCCGGCCUCUGAAUUCCAGACCAUAAUAAUAUAUCCAAACAAAAAUAAAUCUUAUACAGAUAAAAUUAAAGUUUAGUUUCGGUUGGUGUGGUUCAGAGAAACUUUUGCAAAUCAGUGACCCCGGUGUAGUGUGACCAGUGUGACAAUGACUGAAGAAAAUUCUGUUAGUGAUGAUUUAAAAAGGCAGGCUGCUUUAUUUUAUAACUCAACUGAAAGGGAUAGAAUAAAAGAGAUAAGGAGCACCAACACAACAACAUGGCGGUUCUGGAGGAAGCGACGACUGAUCGUCGCGCUGCUGGCGUUCUUCGGCUUCUUCAACGUGUACGCGUUGAGGGUCAACCUGUCAGUCGCUGUGGUCGCCAUGACGGAACCCGUCCAAGUCGAACUAGAGAAUGGGACUAUAAUUUACGUACCAGAAUUCGACUGGUCAUCCACGACAAAGGGAUGGGUGCUCAGCUCAUUCUUCUACGGCUACCUGAUAACACAGCUCCCGGGAGGAUGGCUGGCGGCUAAAAUCGGAGGUAACAGAAUGUUCGCGAUAGGCAUAGGCGCCACGUCCCUCCUGACGCUGUUCACUCCACCGCUGGCUCACACCAGCACAGGGCUGCUGAUUGCUGUGCGAGUCAUCGAGGGGCUUUUUGAGGGCGUGACGUAUCCCUGCAUACACGCGGUGUGGUCGCAAUGGGCGCCCAGCGAGGAGCGCGCGCGGCUGGCGACGUUUGCCUUCAGUGGGAGCUACGUAGGCACCGUGGUGUCUAUGCCCGUCUGCUCUCUGUUGGCGCAUUACACCGGCUGGCCGGGGAUAUUCUAUGUUUUCGGAAUAGUGGGUUUAGUUUGGACAACAAUAUGGUGGCUUGUGGUCAAGGAAUCGCCAGAAAAAGAUCCCCACAUAACUGCUGCUGAAUUGAAAUAUAUACAGGAGUCCCGAGGCACGUUAGCGGUGGACGGGUCACAGGUUCGACACCCGUGGCUGGCGAUGUUGAAAUCCGGUCCGGUCUGGGCGAUUGUGAUGGCGCAUUUCAGCGAGAAUUGGGGCUUUUACACUUUACUCACGUUCCUACCUACUUUUAUGCAAGAUGUGUUCAAGUACCAAACCUCAGUAACGGGUUGGUUGUCCGCGGUGCCAUACUUGGCCAUGGCAGUGGUGCUGCAAGUGUCGGGCCACAUGGCGGACUGGAUGCUGCAGAUGCAGCUGCUGUCGCGCACCAACAUACGGAAACUGUUCACCUGCGGAGCUUUCCUGUCUCAGACGAUAUUCAUGGUAGCGGCGGGCUACGCUACGUCAACGAUGGGCUGCGUCGUCUGCCUCACCAUCGCAGUUGGACUGGGAGGAUUCGCGUGGUCUGGAUUUAGUGUAAACCACUUAGAUAUCGCUCCGCUGCAUGCUAGCGUAUUGAUGGGACUAUCAAACACUGUAGCAACACUGCCCGGCAUCAUAAGCCCACCGCUCGCGGGCUCCAUAGUGACUGACAAGACGGCCGAGCAAUGGCGCUUAGUAUUCUUCAUAUCCAGCGCCAUCUACCUGGUUGGUGCGAUAGUAUACGGCGUGUUCUGUUCAGCGGAGAAGCAACCCUGGGUCGUGGAAGUGGAUAGCGAUGCUAGCUUCGACACAGAUGGCGCCUCCGUCACCACCGCAAGAGGCUACGAUAACAAGGCUCUGGACCGCAGCUCUGAGAUGUAGACUAUCUGUAGUUACUAUAAUCUAUGGUUUUUUCAAAACGACCAUGCGUCAUUUUGGGCCCAAUUUUAGGGCUCCGUGCCUCAAAAGGAUAAAAUUAACCCUUGUAGGCUCACGUCUUCGUUGUCUGUCUGUCUUUCUGUCUCUAUCUGGCUGGCUUUCGUGUCUGUCAAGUGGAAGCAAUCAAAACCUAUAGAGUACUUCCCGUUGACUUAGAAGCUUGAAAUGUGGUAGGUAGUAAUGUCUUAUAGCACAAGUAAAGGGAAAAUUCGGGAACCGUGAAUUUGUGGUUACUUCACAAAAGAAAUGUGUUCCCGACUAAAUAUAAUUAGUUUACUAAAUCACAUCAAGAUGGCGCUGUCCGUCAUCAACUUGCAAAUUUUUAUUACACUGGUUUGAGAUUUCUCGUGCGUUGGUGCGAUUCCGACUCGCACUUCGCCCGUUUUUCAACAUUGCCCAACAGUGAUAUAUCAUUUAAAAGGCAUUGGGGUGUACUUUAUUUACCCUCUUAUCACUGUUGAGAAAAGUGGGCCAGGGUUUAUACAAAAAUGCCCAUGGUCCUUUAGCAAUCAUGUUGCGAUAUCGCAAAAAACUAGGAGCCAUGAAGCCAGUUUUAAAAAAAAUGGCUUCAAGUUCCGUAAAAAUUGUACGCUUAGUGUGUAUAGUGCACGCAAAACUAAGGUUGAAAUCUAUAUCGCACUUUGACUUUGCUUAGACUUAAGUUUCAGUAAAGGUGGAAGCGACGGGCCUGCCCGCGAAAUUCAAAUUUAAUUUGGUAUUUUGCAAUUUGUAAACUAAU